AUGAUAGAAGGCCAACUCUUCCUUUCCCUUGCAUUUCCUGACCCUGAGGCCCCACUUGUUGCCCAGCUCAAAGACAGCUUUCUGAGUCCCUUCACUGAUGUCGUCACCACCAACCUAAAGCUUGGCAACCCAACAGACCGAAAUGUGUGUUUUAAAGUGAAGACCACAGCACCACGUAGAUACUGCGUGAGGCCCAACAGUGGGAUCAUCGAUGCAGGGGCCUCGAUUAAUGUAUCUGUGAUGUUACAGCCUUUCGAUUAUGACCCCAAUGAGAAAAGUAAACACAAGUUUAUGGUUCAGUCUAUGUUUGCUCCGACUGACACUUCUGAUAUGGAAGCAGUAUGGAAGGAGGCAAAACCGGAAGACCUUAUGGAUUCAAAACUUAGAUGUGUGUUUGAAUUGCCAGCAGAAAAUGAUAAACCACAUGAUGUAGAAAUAAAUAAAAUUAUACCCACAACUGCAUCAAAGACAGAAACACCAACGGUGUCUAAAGCUCUGAGUUCUUCUUUGGAUGACACUGAAGUUAAGAAGGUGAUGGAAGAGUGUAAGAGGCUGCAGGGAGAAGUGCAGAGGCUCCGGGAGGAGAACAAGCAAUUCAAGGAAGAAGAUGGGCUUCGGAUGAGGAAGACAGCACAGAGCAACAACCCUGUUCCUGUGGUAGCUGCGGCCGGGAAGGACGAGGGCCUCAGCGCCCGGCUGCUCGCGCUGGUGGUUUUGUUCUUCAUCGUUGGCGUGAUCGUAGGGAAGAUCGCCUUGUAGGGGCGGAAGGCAAAGGGCGGCACGCUGGAUUGAUGGGCCCGCCAUACCAUGGGGUUUGAAUUUAUCAUAACCAUGUGUAAAAAGAAGUUAAUGUGUGAUGACAUCUCACAGGUCUUGCCUUUAAAUUACCCCUUCCCUGCGCGUGCACACGCGUGCACACACACACACACACAAUUAUAACGUAACAAUCUUUUAGAAAGUGAAAAAUGUAUAGUAAAUGAUUGGGGGGAAAAGAAUGGUCUUUAUUAAUGACAAGGGAAACCGUGAUUAAAUCGUAAUGGCAUGUUGUGUCACUUUAGACAUUUGUAGCCUUGGUACAUGUGGCUGGGUUGAUUACCUCUCAGAACAAGACCCUCUUCCUGCCUGUUGGUGCUGGCCCUUGGGGAGCGGAGCCCAGUGUGGCGGGGAGGGCCAUCCCCUCCACGUAGCACCCCCCCUGCCUGCUCACCCCCGGCCUGCUGCUCCAUGGUCUGCCCUGGGCCUGGCCGUCAGUUCCUUGGGAACGAUGAACGAGGUCGGAAGCCAGCGGCGUUGUGCUGUGGCGGUGUCGGGUCUGCCCAUGGGGGGCGGAAGGCGGUGCUCAGCGACUGACCCAACACUUUGGAAAUGAAAGUCAAUGCUUUGUUCUCUUAAAGGGACCAAGCUAAAUUACUGUCCGUUCAUGUAGUGAGAUUGAAUUGUUACUCAGAGAUGUUUAAUGCAUAUUUAACUUAUUUAAUGUAUCUCAUCUCAUGUUUCCUUAUUGCCACAGAUUAUAAUUAAUGCUGUGGCCUAAUGCCAGGGGGUGAGGCUGGCACUGCUGCUGGAGAGCCGAGGGCUCCUGUCUCUCCAGAGGUUCUGGGCUCUACGUACACAUGGAGGUGUGGUUUGUUUGAAUGUUGGACAGUUGCUGCCAGGAGGUGUUUCUCUGUGUAAAUAAGUAACAACCGUCAGAGAGGGAAGUUCUUAGUAGCAACAGUCAACUCUGUUACCCUUUUGAAUGGCGAAGACUAGCUGAUCUUCCGUUUUGUUCCUUCAGUGCCCCUCUGCCACCACGCAUACUUCCAGCACACGUGCCCCUAGCCUGGUCCUGACCUUUCCUGCGUGGCCCUCGCUUGGACUGGGGCGGCAGACGGAGCCAGCGGGGUGGGGCCGGGGGGUGGGGAGGCUCUUCAGAUAAUCGUCAAGUAGCGAUUGAGAGUUUGACUGUAAAUUAAUUUUAUGCCAUAAAAGACCAAUCCAGUUCUGUUUGACUAUGUAGCAUCUUAAAAAGAAAAAAAAAUUAAAAUAAAGCCCCAGAAUUAAGAGUUCUUUUGUCAUUUUGUCACACUUGCUAUAGGGGGGAAAUUAUGAUCCUCAUUAUUAUUUUGUUAUUGGAAGGUUAGUUCUAAAAUGAGCCCUAUCAAUGAGAAAUACAUAUGUUUAAUGAUUUGAAUAUAUAUAUCUAUACAUAUAUGUCGUGUGUGUGUGUGUGUAUUUGUUGUUGGCUUCAACUGAGAGUAUAAAAAUAAAACUGCUGAAAAUCUUAAGCAGCUGGUCACCCUUGCUCUUCCAUUGCUUUGCCCCUCAGUAGAAAGAAAUCUCUCCUCUGGGUCAAGGAGCCGUGCAGAAAAGAGAGAUAAGCAUGCUGAGCAUGGCGCCAGGGAGUGGGUGGGUUUGAAAAGACAGAUUCAUCAAAAGGAAGACAGUUCUUAGAAGUCAUCCGUUUGAGUCACGUUCCUCCUGAGCUUGGCUGGGGCGGAAGGGCCUUGGUUCUGGCCCUGAGGAUCUGGUCAGGGACCUAGAGACUGGGAGCUGGGCAUCUGCGGUCUAAGUAAAUAGCUUCUGUCUUCAUGAGAAGUUACUGUAUCCCGAGUGCUUGCAGGGAACAUGGAGCAGACCCAGUUCACAGCCAUACACCUGGUGCUCAGAUGGUGUUGAGUGCACGCACGGGGAGGGCUGCCCGAGUAGAAGUGAGUCUCCAGUGUUAUCUUGUCCACGUGGAUCCAGGGACUUAUGGAAUGGGGUGAAAAGACUGUGCCUUCUGCCAUUAAUUUUCUGUAAGUGGGCUACAGUCUGUCCAAAUGUGGUAGCUGCAGCGAGCCAUUCUUGACAGCCUCCAGCCCCUCAUGGCCUCGAAAGGACCGGGCUCACUCAGAAGGGUCUCAGACUGUUCCUGGAGUGCGGCACAGUCCCAUUUCUGUGGAGUGGAGCUCUGCAGACUUUUUCUCAAGGGGUGUGGCUGUAUGUUCCCAUAAAACUUGAUUCACAGAAACAGCUGGCGGGAUUUGGCGUAUGAGGCUGGAGCUUGCCCGCGCUUGCACUGGGGUGGCUGAGUUCUUAAAAAGAGUGCCUCGGAUAUCUGUUCUGUUCUCAGACUUGGCAGUGACUUCCUGUUUUGUGUAUAUGCAGGAGAUGGCAUUCAGCUUCUCAGGAGAUGUGGGCCUUUUGUUUGUAGCUGAAAAUCGGAAUUUAAAAUCCAGAGUUGUCUUCUUUCUAACUAAUCAUCCUGUAAGCUCUCUUUCUCCUUUCGAGGUCAAGAUUCGUGAACGCAUGUUAGUUUAUGGGGCUUUUUGACUGAGCAGAAGAAGGGAGCUUCCCAGGGAGAGAGGGAAGGUGAUGGUGGGGAGAUUGGAUAUUAUGUAAAUCAUCCAGCAGUAAAGAGUGUGCUAGGAGAGGCAGAGUGUGUGUGCGCAAGCACUGCUAAGGGUCAGGGACCAUUUGAAGAGCCACAAACACUCAAGAUCUCAAACCGGAGAAGUACGCACCUUUUGAGUGUCUUUCUUGGAAUGACGGAUGAGGAAGCAUGAGGGUCAGGCAGAGAGGUAGAUGUGUGGUCCCUUCCUGUGGCCUGGCCUGUCCCAAGCAAGAGGAAAAGAGUCAAGUAAUCAGAAUAAACUGGCCUGGCCCGAGCAGGGCUGACUGGCAAGGGCGCAGGCCGGCCCGAGCCCUAAGCCCGCAGCGGCCAGGCCACCCUCCCUCCCGCCUGCUGCCCCGGGCACUGCUUUACAGCACCUCCCAGAGCAGUGCCUUUGUUUUAGAAAUCUGCCACCGAGCCCACCAAUACAUAAGAGAUGUAAGCAAUAAGAGUCCUGUAAAUUUUUAUUGAUUGAAUUUUUAAAUUGAUAAUUUAAGCUCCCUCCACACAAUACAAAAUACUUCUUAAAGACAGCAGGCUGUAUUGUUUGUAGGUAUGAGGACCCAGCUUUAGUUUUUUUUUCCUUCUCCUAGUUUGCAUGUUUUCCCACUCUAGUCUUCUAAAUUGCUGGCACCAGCAGUAAUAAAUACUGAUAAAAUCAAAAUUGAUUUUUACCAGUGGACAGUUUAUGCCUAGAGAGACGGCUUAUACCUACAUAACACAGAAGGGGGAAAAAUGAGGAACCUCCAGUGAUCCGUGAAAACCUAAACGCUUUCAAACAAAUCCCAGGAACAGAACUGCUAUCCAGAGAUAUCAGUGUGGACUUGCAGGCUGUGUUGGGUCAGAUAUAACUGAAUGCAGUGAUAGCUCAGAGCUAAAUAGCCUUUCAAAUUAAUUUGAAAACAAACUGUGUGUGUGUGUGUGUGUGUGUGUGUGUGUGUGUGUGUGUAGACCAUGUACCAUAUGUAAGUAGCUUAACAUUUUUCAAAUGGUGCCUAUAUUUUUUGCACACACAGAUCUUUAUUUUUGCAAACUCAGAAAUCCAUGCCAAAAUACAAUACCGUUUGUCAUUUUCAGUCUCUUCUCUAAACUGGACCAUUUACAAGUUUCUUGUUAUGGUUUGUGAAAUUCUUAGUUUGAAAGAAAAAAAUGAGAGAGAUGGGACUUGGGUGUCCUGGUCACCUUGAGCACUGGACUGCCAGCCUUCCUCAGGUGAAGAGGCCGCUGCGCCCCCUGCUGGCGAUGGCAGCUCACUGAGGGCGUCUCACGGGGCCCCGGGGUCCAGGGCAGCCUCCCCUGCGCGGGUCCAUGGAGUCCGUCUGGCUAGAGGAGGAGCAGAACUAGGUCCAACUCCGCAGUUCUCCAAAGUGACCACUCCGAGGAGUCCUCUCUCAGUUAAGCGUGGGCAUGUUUGCUGUUGCUGGGUGUGAAUGCUUUCAAAGAUCAGCAGAAAGGGACCUGUUCUUAGAAAGUCCCCCGAGGAGUCAGUCCUGCACACAGAUCUGCUAAGGCCUGUGAUUACCCAUGCUUGAAGGCAGCUCGGGGACCACACGUGCCGCACGUCGAGUGGGGCCCCUUGGGGUUUCCCUGACGUGGUUGGGUUUGUGGAAGUCUUGUUUUCUUUUUUAACCUUCCUCAGACAGAGCUGCUUUGACAGCAGCCUUUUAGGGAAAGUUGCUAUUGUUCCGGUGCUCCCUCUGCCUUGUGCAGAGCACUUCCAGAACGUUCGCUCAAACAGCUGUGACCCAGUGGGGGUGGGUGGGAUGGGGGGGGUGAGGGCUCUGUUUCGCACAUGAGGAAAUGAAGUCUCCAAGAGGUAACACUGAGCAACUUCUUAGAGCCUCUCAUUCGGAACGAAGUUGGUCUCUGAGAAGCCAGUGGUGAGGCUGGGAUGGCUAAGACAGGGUCUGGACCGCAUUUCCACUCAGCAGUGUGAAGGCUCUGGUGAGUGAACUCGCAGUCUCAGCCACUUGGACCGCUUGUUCCCCUUUUAUGUGUUUGCCUUCAUACCUCAUGCAGUUAUUCUAAAGAUGAAGUGGACAGAAUCCAGACGCUCAUUGAGAUGCUUUUUUAUUUUUCUUUUUGAAACCAAAUACACUUCAGACAGCGAAGAAACUGCGUUUUCCAUUUUCUGGUUACCUGAAGAUCUCUGCCUGAUGCUCGUGGGGAAUGAAUUUUGGGGGCUGUGGAAAGAAAAUGCCCAGUCUGUCUCAGCAAGGCAGUGCAGGGAUGCUUUCUGUGGGGCUUUACGUAACUUAUAAAUUAAAUGUGAAGCGAGGGCAGGUCAUUAAAAUUGGUAUCACUGAAGUGGCCUGUUUAAGAACAGCCAAGCUGCUAGGCUCAGACCUCUCCCCGAAUUAGCGCUGCACUUCUCGCGGAGAUCAUGGAAGGGAGCAAGUCCCAGCAGACCCUGGUAAGGGGCGGCAGCCCAGAGGCGGGCUUGGGAGGCUGUGAAAAUGGGCCUCCAGCGAGACUCCCAGCCCUCUCGCUCCUACGCUCGAGUCCCAUCUGCCACACACUUAGUCCACAGGGUCGACCCCAAAGAAUGUCAGUUGGGGUGCACGAGCCUCCCCACCCCACGCCCCGCCAACCCCCUGCGGGGGAAUCCAGACCUCCCUCCACGGGGUGUUAGCGACGUCAUCUAUGCCACUGAAAAAUAAGGUUUUGUUUUAUUUUCAUUACAGGGGUAUUUGGGGAAAUUUAGAAGACAUGAACACACGCGAACGGUUGUGUAUAAUAGUUACAAGUGAAACCCGUGGAGGUAGAUGAGAGAUUGUCUCGAGUAAUAUAAUUACUUCAGAUUUUUUUCCUAAUGGAAUUAAUUCAUUAGAAAAUGUCUGCAUCGACUCCAUAGAAGAGGAAGAAAAAGCUAGCAACAAAAGCAUAGCUAUUACCUAACUUGCCGUAGAUAUUUGCAAUCAUGAUACCUUGGAAUGUUGCCACAAUAUGGAUUGCUUUGAUUAAAAGAUGUCAGUUGAAUAAAACAGUACCAUGGGAUAAUAGUUUUCUGCCGCUAGAUAAAUGCUAAUGUUUAUUUUUAAACCAGGAAACAUUGAUCCUGUGACAAUGCCCUAUUAGAAUUACUUUAUUAUACCACAGGGCUGAUGUAUAUUUAAUCAUUCGGCUAAUGGACGUGGGUGCAGGACUGCUGUGCGCUCACUGCAUCCUGAUGGACGCUGGGAGAGUGGCCCCACUCCUGCCCAGCGCCGCGGCCGACCCCAGCGGAACAGGGUCCCAUUUACUUUUUGAUUCUCUUCAGUACAUGCCAACUAGGGUAGACAAAUCUGAUAGCUCAACACAGUUUCAUUAAGGCUUAGUGCUAACAAGAAUGCAUAGCUUUUUGUGACUUAAAACAAUGAUAGACUAGCAUGCAUGUUUCUCACGUCAACUCAAUGGUUUUUCAUGUGAUACGAAAAGGUCUGGUUCUUUGUAGGAACCUGACGCCUGCAUUCCCAUCUUUCUUUUGUACUUUAGAAGCCAACUACAUUCAGCUGUGACCCUCCGCUGCGGCAUUCAUUUAAAACGAGGUUUUUCCCUUGACUCUUCUAGUUGGAUUCAGAGGUCAGAAUUUAUUGUCUGUAAUCCUGAGACCAUGUGUACAAGAACUGCUUGCCUCCAGCGUUCACGCAUUUAGCAAACAUUUAUCAGUUUACCUUCUGUAAUAUGUUAGAUACUGCAGGAGAUGCUGAGGAAUUAAUCAACAGGAGUGAUUUGUUUUUGUGCGUUUCAUUCGUAAGCAGUCUCAGUAAAGUGAUUCAAGCUUAUAUGUAGAGAGCAGACUGCAAAGUACAUUUGGUUCUCAUUUCUGCUGCUAGCAUUUCCUUUUUUAAGAAUUUAUAAACUGCUGCCAUUUGGAACUUCCUAUAAGAAACUCAGAAUGAUCUAUUUAAAUGUUUCCUUAACGUCCUCUCUCCUUUGUGAGUAAAGAAGUCAUUUCAAUGGUGCGCUCUGUCCCCCUCUGCUUAAGCUUUCUCCCUGUCUUGGGGGGAAAAAAAAAUCUCUGCAGUUUGUGGUGUGUGUUUUUAUUCUGACUUCAAUGUACAUUAACAUUUUGGGGAUUGAGUCUUUUAAGAGAUGUCUUAGAAUGCUAUCGUUUUAAUAAUUUUUCUUUUCUGUAUUUUAAGUUGUAUUUCCUGUUUUGACAGAAUUCAUUUAAAAAGUUGGUGCAGGAAAGGACUCUUUACCAUCAUCCAUUCUGGUUAUCUGAUAUGUAAUAAAUUCAUGGUUUUAUGGCUGACUUUACAUUUCCCGGAUGUAUCUCUGCAGUGUCCAGAUCGAAAGAGCCAUUCAGAGCGUGUUCUCAACAUGUUCCGCCGUGUCGGCCUGAUGAAGCCCGCCCUGCCAAGGCAUAAACUUUUGUACUAGCUGUCUCCGUAUUCUGUUCAAUAAAUUCUGUGCUCUGAAUAUAUUUAAA